ACGAUUGUUUGGAGUGUAGUGAGAUGAUACAAGUGGAAAAAGCGACUUGGGUGCCCGGACUUUUUGGAAAGCUAAUCGCAUUGGCUAUAUUAUCAGUUCUUACAACGACAGCAAAUAUUUUAAUGGUGUAUAUCACUUUUCAGACGAAAUCAUUGGUAUCGAAUACGAAGGUGUUUUUCGGAAGUCUGUGUUUCGCUCAUCUUAUAGGCAGCCUUAUUGUUAUACCAUCCUGGAUUAUUAUUCGUCUUUCGCCGAACUUUGCUCAAGAAUCCAACGCGUUCUGCCGGUCAGUGUCGUUCUUUUGGAUCCUUAUGAUAUUGACCUCAUUUUACUCCUUAUCCGCAUUGUCUUUAGAUCGCUUUUUCAUCAUAUCCAAUCCGAUGCGAUAUCCGAUUUGGGCGACAACCUUACAAAAACUGGCCGCUGUGGCUAUGCUUUGGAUCAUCUGCAUCCUGAUAUCGGCAGCACCGAUUAUCGGCUGGGGCGAAUACACGUUUAUGCCGGACGCAAUUCCGAUUUGCGGUUUGAAUAUGAAGGAUUCAUUUUCCUUUACCCUUUUUCUAAUAAUAGCCGGCUUUAUACUGCCUCUACUUAUCGACAUUCUGUGCUGUGGACGCAUCAUCUCAAUUGCCAGGCGCCAGUCGAGGUGCAUGGAUCUACGCCGAAGCUCCGAUGGGACUUCGUCCAUUACCUCAGGAUCGACAGAAAGUGCGUCCUCCGCGUCCUCCUCAUCUUCCACGUCAGCUAAAAUGAGCAAGCUUAAACAGAAGCUUAAUUCACUAAGACUCGUCUUUGCCGGAACUGGCAGUUUUCUUGUUUGCUGGUUGCCAUACGUGGCCGCCCACAUCUGGAUGACCAACGUUCGAAACAUCAGUCAUUCUGAGGAGUCCAUGCCGUAUAUCCUCGAGUUUGUCGUUAUGUGCAUCGCCCUUCUAAACGGCUUCAUAAAUCCCGUUGUCCUUAUGCUCAGCAACAGAGACCAUAGGCGCGAGAUCAGAUCCCUUAUCCUGCGCCGACUAGGUUUAAGCUCUGCCGAUGACCGCGGGUAUUCAAGCUCCGAAUCGAUAACAGUUCACACGAGAAGAGCUCAGUUUAGGAAGUCGACCUUAUCGCAGACUUUUCAGACUAUUCAGGAGCUCCAGUUCGAAGUUGACAUAACGCCUGCAACUCCAACAGAGUCACAUCAGUUGCAGAAAAAAGACAGUGACACAUCUAUCCUUGACAUUGCUGCUGAAAUGUUAACUCCCAUAACGACACAAUCAAAUCCCAAGAUGCAAUUGCAAUUCGCUAGUGACGUUAACGAAGCAAAAAGGCUUAUGUCGCCAUCCAGCCAGGCUAGCAUUGAUAUUGAAUCCCCGUUAGAGAGUUUCAAGGUUGACUUGUAUUUGCAGUUGCAGAAUAGAGAAAUUGUCGCAUCUACCAUUGACAAAGCCUCUGAAAUUUUAACUUCUACAACGACACAGCCCAACGCCAAGAUGCAAUUACGAUUCGCUAGUGACGUUCACGAAGCGAGAAGGCUGAUGUCACAAUCCAGUCAGGGUAGCGUUGACAUCGACACUCCGUUAGAAAAUGUCAAGGUCGAAUUCCAUGCACCAAGGUAUGUUACACAGAUAUCUGUGGAAUCGAUAGUAGAUUCAGAACUUGAUGCAAAUGACGACCCAAAACUUGAUAUAAAGUGAAUAUACUGCGAUAGCGCAAAUCAUCCCAAACCAUGCACUCUCUAGUGCAUUGAGAUCCAGCUAAGCUGAAUAACAUCCGAAGGUCAGGUCGGAGUCAGUGGGUUGACGAAUGGAGAGCGUUGCGUAUCUUCUCCGUGGAACAUGCGAAUACGACUCGGGAGAUUUGAUUGUUUAGUGUUAAUGGUACAUUUUAUAAACGCAAUUUAUGUGAUCGAGGCGGUCGUGACGUUUUGAUUGUGCAAUCUGAUUGUGCAAUCUUAAAUGUUGAUGAACAAGGCUUUUUAACAUCUUAAUUAUAUAAGAUGAUUAAUAGCCAGGUGUCGACUGUAUAUUUAGAAGAAAUUCAUGACCGUGUUUCGCAUUAACAAAGACAAGAAGGUUUGGUGCACUAGAAAACUUUUUGCAUAAUCCAUGCAUGUCUGAGAAGAAAGCGUUUCGUUUACGCUAUUGUUUUUUUAUGUAUUUGAGCCUUGUUCUGAGAAAACUGGGCUUAAUGCAUGUGCGUAAAGUGUCAUCCCAGAUUAGCCUGUGCAGUCCACACAGGCUAAUCAGGGACGACACUUUCAGCCGAAACUUGAUUUUCAGUAAGGUGGGACUUCCUCGAAACUAAAAAUACCGUAUAAGCGGAAAGUUUCGUCCCUGAUUAGCCUAUGUGGACUGCACAGGCUAAUCUGGAAUGACACUUUACACACAUGCAUUAAGUCCAGUUUUCUCAGAACACGACUCAUUUGUAAAUUGUUUCUGGUGCAAUCUGUUUGCUGAAUAUGUUGGAAAUCGGCCAUUCUUAUUUAUCUACCUUAUUUAUUAUAAUUUAUUAUUAUCUUUACCAUUAAACAUACACUAUAAUAUUUAAGUUUUAUAAUACGUUAUUUGU